UUAUGGUCUUCUGUUAGACUUUAAAUUCCAAUUUGUUAAAAUCAUCUUCCCUUCAAAUUUAAAAUUGCACUCAAAGACCAAGCAACUCUGUUAUGUUAUGAACUCAUGAUUCACGAACCCAAACAUUUUCUUCACCUUCCAUACCCAAAACAAAUUUCAAAUUCUCACCCCUCGCUGCUCUCAGCACGGCUUCCCCUCUCUUCUCCCUCCCACCAUGUCCUUCCAUCCCCCAAAUCAAGCAAGCUCAUGCCCGCAUCAUCGCUUCCGGCCUCGCCACAGACGCAACCCUCGUUGCUCACCUUCUCUCCCUCCUCGCUCUUGCCCCUUCAACCCCCUACAACUAUUCCCUUUCGAUUUACCAAUCCAUUCACUACCCAACUGUUUUCGCCGCCAAUCACAUGAUCAGAUGCUUCGCCAAGAGCGACUCGCCUUGCCAAUCGGUUGUUCUUUACGGGUCUCUCCGUCGAGGCGCUGCGCAGCCCAACAACUAUACUUUCCCAUUUCUCUUGCAAGCUUGUAGUAAGGCUCUGGCCGUUGCAGAAGGGACCCAAGUCCAUGCCCAUGUUGUAAAGCUGGGUUUCGGCCAGGAUGUGUACAUUCGAAAUGCUUUGAUUCACUUCUAUUGUGCUUCUUGCAGAAUAGGGAGUUCCAAGCGCGUGUUUGAUGAGAGCCCUCAUUGUCGAGACGUUGUUACUUGGAAUACAAUGCUGGCGGCUUAUGCUAGAGAUGGGCAGAUUGUUGUUGCUGAGAAGGUGUUCGGAGAAAUGCCUGAAAGAGAUGUUAUAUCUUGGAGUGCAAUGAUUAUGGGUUAUGUUCAGAAUGGACGGUUGGAAGAAGGUUUGGAGUGUUUUAAAGAGAUGAGAGAGAACGGGUUGAUCCCAAAUGAGGCUAUACUGGUUUCGGUGCUCUCCGCAGCAGCUCAAUUAGGCUUGCUUCAACAUGGUCGGUUAGUUCAAUCCAUUAUAGAGUCCUUGAACUUUCCGAUGACGGUUGCCCUUGGCACUGCUCUUAUUGACAUGUAUUCAAAAUGUGGGUGCAUUGAUCACUCUAGGAAAUUGUUCAACAAUAUGCCCCAAAGAGAUAUUCAGUCUUGGAAUGUAAUGAUCUGUGGGUUAGCUACACACGGCCUCGGAAAAGAAUGUCUUGCACUUUUUGGAAGGUUCUUAAGUGAAGGAUUCCGUCCUGUGAAUGUGACCUUCAUUGGGGUAUUGAAUGCCUGCAGCCGAGCGGGUUUGGUUAGCGAAGGACGCCACUAUUUCAGGUUAAUGACUGAGGAUUAUGCCAUUGUUCCGGAGAUGGAGCACUAUGGGUGCAUGGUUGAUCUCUUGAGUCGUGCUGGUUUAAUAUGCGAAGCUGUCAAAUUGAUUGAGAAUAUGUCGGUUCCACCAGACCCUGUCUUGUGGGCAACAUUACUUGGUGCGUGUAAGAUUCAUGGAUUAGUGGAUAUGGGUGAAAAGAUAGGGAAUAAACUGAUUCAAUUAGAUCCAACACAUGAUGGACAUUAUGUGCAACUAGCUAGUAUUUAUGCCAAAGCAAGGAAAUGGGAAGAUGUGGUUAGAGUUCGCCGCGUAAUGGCCGGUCAAAAUACAAAUAAAGUUGCAGGUUGGAGCUUGAUUGAAACUCAGGGAAGAGUGCAUCGAUUUGUUGCAGGGGAUAGAGAGCACGAUCAGUCGUUGGAGAUAUACAAGAUGCUUGAUGUUAUUGGAACAAGGGUAGCAGAAGCUGGCUACUUGCCAAACAUCUCAUCCGUUCUGCAUGAUAUAGGAGAAGAAGAAAAGGAGAAUGUGAUCAAGGAACACAGUGAGAGGCUGGCAAUUGCAUUUGGUUUUUUGGUCAUGGCUGCUGGGGACUGCAUUAGAAUAGUGAAGAAUUUGAGAAUCUGUGAGGACUGUCAUGAGGUGAGCAAGAUGAUCUCAAAGGUGUUUGAGAGGGAGAUUAUAGUAAGGGAUGGAAGUAGAUUUCAUCAUUUUAAGGAGGGCAACUGUUCCUGCCUUGAUUUUUGGUAGAAAAGAAAGAUCCCCCUACUUUUUCACAGUGGUUUCAGACUUUUCUCUUGAACCAUCUAAGUUAUGUCUUCAGAGAGGAGCUAAGAAAGAGUUUCAUGUUUAUUUUGCAGGCAUCUCAGCGCCAAUCAUUGGGUAGGUGUGGUGAUCUAUUAAUUUUUAUGUGAAGGUCAAAAUAUAAUCUACAUUAGGAUGAUAGGAGUUGCUUUGCAUUAUUGAAGUUUGAUGGUACAAUUAAAGUUGAGGAAUGCAUGGAGUGAAUGGCAAUUGUCCAUUCCAAAAAACAUACCGAUUAACUUGGAAGUUAUUCAUGUAGCAUUAGCUUGAUGCUUCUGAGAAUUAUAUCACUGCAUUCAGGCAUGACUUAGUUUA